AUGCGCGGGACCAGGGCGCAACCCCACGUCAUCAAGCUCAUGCUCCUACAUGCGUUUUCCUCGCGAGCGCUUAACAUUGUCAUGACCACGUUGGACGUACAACUGGGCGCCGGGGCUAGAUAUGCGUGGAUUCUGGAUGACCGCUCCGUCUGCCAACUGACCAACUUGCUCGCCCUCCCGCCUCGAUAUGGAACAGCCCGCCCCAGCGCGAAAUGGCUCCGGCUCCAGACUGAGAUGAUCAAAAGGCUACAGUCAACGCUCCUCCGCCCGAAACCGGUCCUGCAGCGCCUCGCCGUGAAGGUCACCGAGGCCGUUCCAAUCGCCGGCCUCCCGCCCGCCGCGAUACUGUGUCCCGUGCACAAAAGGUUGCAUCCCUGGAUCAUACGUGCCCUCUUCAACCUGCUGGUGUCAGAGGUCACGCUGCGCUGCGAGCGGCUACAGACGUACCGCGAUGGAGAUGGCGAUGGCGAUGGCGACGAUAGCCGUGUCCGGAAGCGGGCCGAAACCGUCCGCAAAGUACUAGACCGGCUGCACUCCGUCAAUGCGCUCUGGUUGUCCAAACAGGCGUUCCGCAUGAUCUUUGGGCGGCUUCCGGAGCACAGCGAGUACGUGAGGCUGGUCGAAGUGGUGGGCGGCUGCGAGGCCUGUGUGCUCUCCUGCAUAGGCUCCCGCGGGGAACUCUUGGCCGACUUAAGGGCAAACAUGCUGGCCAGAGCGACACGGGGAAAACCCCGGCUCCUGAAGUUUGUGGACGGCUGGAUAGACUGCUUCGACGAUGAGUCGGCAAAGAAGAUACGGGAGCAGAGCGAAGCGAUGGGUAAAGAGCUGGGGAAAGCCAGGAGCCAGCGGCACCGACUCAAAGACCCCCACCGCGACCAAGACGCCAACCAGCCCACGUCUAGCCGAGAAAAGGUCCCAAACAAAAACUUACCUUCCGAAGCCGAACGCCUCGGCAUGCAUAUUGCUGAUUACUACGCGCGUUCUCAAGUCAGCCUUGCCGAUGUCCACCUGGGAGACGGUCUGGGUCUGCUGCGCAACGGUGGCCGCGGAAUGUCUCCCGCCGUGCCGACAGGGACAACGCCCGUUUUCGGCGGAGUGAAGAGGGUACGACUGCUCGAAAAGUGA